UGUGUCCAUGGGCUCUCUUGCUGACUGGUAUCAUAGAUGGACCCAUCAGUUUCUACAGGUGGAAAUCCGGAUUCCAACGAAAAUAAUCCUCAAGAAUCUGAAUCUGAAUCCAAUAACAGCCGCAGUGAUGCAUUAGGCAAGGCUUUAUCAACGAUGCUGGCCAGCGUUAUUAAAGACAUCGACUCUGAAGCUCAAGACACUCUCAAUAGCCAAGAAAAACUUAAUUCUGCUAUUGAUCGUCUUACUAGAGAGCUUGAUCAGUUGUUGGAAGAUGCACUCAUGCCGUUCAUCAUGCAGCAUGCAGCAAAGAUUUCAGGUGUUCGAAAGAGAGUUUCAUCAUUGAAUUCUGUUCUAAAAUCAAUACAGAAGCGUGUUGACAAUAUAGACCGACUGCUAUCUGUGGGCAUGUUUCAGGUUCAAGAGUAUCAGUUCAUCAUGGGUAAAGAGAAGAGUCACAUUAACAUUGUGGUCAUUGGCCAUGAUGACCCUGGCAAGUCAACCACCACUGGACACUUGAUCUACAAGCUUGGAGGUAUUGACAAGCGUGUCAUUGAGAGGUUCGAGAAGGAAGCUGCUGAGAUGAACAAGAGGUCAUUCAAGUAUGCUUGGGUGCUUGACAAGCUCAAGGCUGAGCGUGAACGUGGUAUUACGAUUGAUAUUGCUUUGUGGAAGUUCGAGACGACCAAGUACUACUGCACUGUCAUUGAUGCUCCUGGACAUCGUGACUUUAUAAAGAACAUGAUUACUGGAACCUCCCAGGCUGACUGUGCAGUCCUCAUCAUUGACUCUACCACUGGUGGUUUUGAGGCUGGUAUCUCGAAGGAUGGUCAGACCCGUGAGCAUGCUUUUCUUGCCUUCAGAGGUGUCAGGCAAAUGAUCUGCUGCUGUAACAAGAUGGAUGCCACCACUCCAAAAUACUCCAAGGCAAGGUAUGAUGAAAUUGUCAAAGAAGUGUCAUCCUACUUGCAGAAGGUUGGUUACAAACCUGACAAGAUUCCCUUCGUGCCUAUCUCUGGAUUUGAGGAUGAUAAAAUGAUUGAGAGGUCCACCAACCUGGACUGGUACAAGGGACCAACUCUCCUCGAGGCCCUCGACCAGAUCCAGGAGCCCAAGAGGCCCUCAGACAAGCCCCGCUGUCUCCCCCUCCAGGACGUGUACAAGAUCGGUGGUAUCGGAACGGUCCCGGUGGGCCGUGUGGAAACUGGUGUCAUCAAGCCUGGUAUGGUUGUAACUUUCGGGCCAACUGGACUGACUACUGAAGUUAAGUCUGUUGAGAUGCACCACGAAGCUCUCCAAGAGGCUCUUCCUGGUGACAAUGUUGGAUUCAACGUUAAUAAUGUUGUUGUGAAGGAUCUGAAGUGUGGUUUUGUCGCCUCAAACUCGAAGGACGAUCCUGCCAAGGAGGCUGCGAACUUCACCGCACAGUUGAUCAUCAUGAACCAUCCUGGGCAGAUCAGAAAUGGUUACGUCCCUGUUCUUGACUGCCACACCUGUCACAUUGCCAUCAAAUUUGCUGAGAUCCUCACCAAGAUUGACAGGCGAUCAGGGAAGGAGUUGGAGAAGGAACCCAAAUUCCUGAAGAACGGUGAUGCUGGUAUGAUUAAGAUGAUUCCCACAAAGCCCAUGGUGGUGGAGACUUUCCUGGAGUAUCCCCCACUUGGUCGUUUUGCCGUGAGGGAUAUGUGCCAGACUGUUGCUGUGGGAGUGAUCAAGAGCGUGGAGAAAAAGGAUGCUUCUAGUGCGAAGGUGACAAAAUCUGCUGCCAAAAAGGGUGGAAAGCUGAAAGUUGACCUAAAGUUCUUGAUUACAAAGUACGAGGACAUGACAGUUCUGAUUUCCGAUUCAGGAGAUUUCAUUAUGGGUAAAGAGAAGAGUCACAUUAACAUUGUGGUCAUUGGCCAUGUCGACUCUGGCAAGUCAACCACCACUGGACACUUGAUCUACAAGCUUGGAGGUAUUGACAAGCGUGUCAUCGAGAGGUUCGAGAAGGAAGCUGCUGAGAUGAACAAGAGGUCAUUCAAAUAUGCUUGGGUGCUUGACAAGCUCAAGGCUGAGCGUGAACGUGGUAUUACCAUUGAUAUUGCUCUGUGGAAGUUCGAGACCACCAAAUACUACUGCACUGUCAUCGAUGCUCCUGGACAUCGUGACUUCAUCAAGAACAUGAUUACCGGAACCUCCCAGGCUGACUGUGCAGUCCUCAUCAUUGACUCUACCACUGGUGGUUUUGAGGCUGGUAUCUCCAAGGAUGGUCAGACCCGUGAGCAUGCUCUUCUUGCCUUUACCCUUGGUGUCAAGCAAAUGAUCUGCUGCUGUAACAAGAUGGAUGCCACCACACCAAAAUACUCCAAGGCUAGGUAUGAUGAAAUUAUCAAGGAAGUGUCAUCCUAUUUGAAGAAAGUUGGUUACAACCCUGACAAGAUUCCCUUCGUGCCAAUCUCUGGAUUUGAGGGUGAUAACAUGAUUGAGAGGUCCACCAACCUGGACUGGUACAAGGGACCAACUCUCCUCGAGGCCCUCGACCAGAUCCAGGAGCCAAAGAGGCCCUCAGACAAGCCCCUCCGUCUCCCCCUUCAGGACGUGUACAAGAUUGGUGGUAUCGGAACGGUCCCAGUGGGCCGUGUGGAAACUGGUGUCAUCAAGCCUGGUACGGUUGUCACUUUUGGGCCAACUGGACUAACUACUGAAGUUAAGUCUGUUGAGAUGCACCACGAAGCACUCCAAGAGGCUCUUCCUGGUGACAAUGUUGGAUUCAACGUUAAGAAUGUUGCUGUGAAGGAUCUGAAGCGUGGUUUUGUUGCCUCAAACUCGAAGGAUGAUCCUGCCAAGGAGGCCGCGAACUUCACCUCCCAGGUGAUCAUCAUGAACCAUCCUGGGCAGAUUGGAAAUGGUUACGCCCCUGUUCUUGACUGCCACACCAGUCACAUUGCUGUCAAAUUUGCUGAGAUCCUCACCAAGAUUGACAGGCGAUCAGGGAAGGAGCUGGAGAAGGAACCCAAAUUCCUGAAGAAUGGUGAUGCGGGUAUGAUUAAGAUGAUUCCCACGAAGCCCAUGGUGGUGGAGACUUUCUCAGAGUAUCCCCCGCUUGGUCGUUUUGCUGUUAGGGAUAUGCGCCAGACUGUUGCUGUGGGAGUGAUCAAGAGCGUGGAGAAAAAGGAUGCUUCUAGUGCUAAGGUGACAAAAUCUGCGGCCAAGAAGGGUGGCAAGUGAACCGUGCAGGUUGACUCUACUGAAAUCUAUUUUAAAAAUAAUGACUUGGUGUCUUUUUGUUGUCUAUCCAAAGGAUGCAUUUCUGUGUAUCAUGAGAUUUUUAGUUUUGUGUCUUCACCAUCAUCACAAGGCUUUUCACAGAAUUGGGUUCUUGAUCGGCGGUGGCGUAUACAAGUCUUGAGGCAGUUUCUUCCUUUUUGUUGUGUCGCUCAAAUUGAGAUUCAUUUCUAGUUUCAUUACAGCUUUUAUUUUCAAUCAAGUCUAGUGUUUGGAUAAUGAGAAACCCCCCAUAUGAAGUUUUGUGAUC